CUUGCGCUGCACGUUACUUCACGUUUACCGCUUCACUGAUACCGACGGAUCCAACAGAAACACAAACGAAGAAAAGUGUUCUUUGUUGUUGUCAGCCGAGAGACAGACACAUGGAGCGUCAUAAAGACGUGUUAAACAGACAAACGAUCCUAAAUGAAGCUGAUAAACAAUUUGACAACAAACAUUUCCAACGCGCAGAGGAGUUAUACACACAGUUUAUCAACAUCUGCACAACAUCUGGACAAUGCGGCAGUAAUGACCUCGCCAUAGCCUACAAUAACCGCGGCCAGGUGAAGUACUUCCGGGUUGAUUUUUAUGAAGCCAUGGAUGAUUACAGCUCAGCUAUUAAAGUAAACAAAGAGUUUGAAGUGCCUUAUUACAACCGAGGGUUAAUUCGCUAUAGACUGGGUUUCUUUCCAGAUGCCGAGAGCGAUUUUAAGAAAGCGCUGGAAAUAAACAGCCACUUUGAAGAUGCCAGACAAAGCUUGCAUCAGACAAUUCUGGACUAUGAAGAAAAAAUAAGGCGAGGUUAUUGAUGAUGGAUUUUCAUCGCCACGUUCAUGACUUUAAUUUAAACUUUAAUGUAAACAGAUUUUCCAGCGUGUGUUCGGAUUUGCUCGGGUUUGCUUUAAAGCAGAAGUUUUGUCUCUUAAUACUUGAUGUAAAUUAUUCAAAUAUUAUUAAAUGGUUGUUGGAACAAAAA